AUGAGUCGCGCGGGCUGCGCGGCCAAAACCUCCGACUAUGUCAUGCCCCACGCGCCCGUCGGCCGCCCAUGCGACGGA